UAGCUAAGAGCUGCAGCCUGAUCCAUUGGCACAGAGACACACACAGACAGACACACACACACAGAGGCCUGGUGUGGGCUUUUGAAACCUCAAAGCCCAUUGACACACUUCCUCCAACAAGGCCAUACUUCCUAGUCCUUCUCGAGUCAUGCCGCUCCCUGGUGACUAAACAAUCAAAUAUGUGAGCCUACAGGGGCCAUUCUUACUUAAACCCCCACAUUCUGGAACUCACUAUGGAACCAAGUGGUCUUGAACUCACAAUAGUGCAGCUGCCUCAGCCUUCCCAGAGCUGGGAUUGGAGCUGUGAAAUCCCAUGCCCACUGACAUCCUACUAGUCUUUAUUAUCUCCUUUGCUCCUACAUCUUGAGAAGGGGAGAGAAGGAAAAGAUGCAUUUCAUCUUCUCAGAUGAGGCCGUGCUACUCUUUGAUUUCUGGAGGGUCCACAGCCCUACAGGCAUGGCUCUCUCAGUGCUGGUAGUCUUGCUCCUGGCUGUACUGUAUGAGGGCAUCAAGGUUGGCAAAGCCAAAUUGCUCCACAAGACUCUGGAGAGCCUGCCUGCCACCAACAGCCAGCAGCUCAUCUUGGGACCAGACCAGGAUUCUACAGGCUCCAGAUCAACUUCAGACAAUAGGACCCGCCUCAGGUGGUUUUGGUGUUACUUUGGCCAGUCCCUAGUCCAUGUCAUUCAGGUGGUAAUUGGCUACUUUGUGAUGCUGGCUGUCAUGUCCUACAACACCUGGAUUUUCCUCGGUGUGGUCCUGGGCUCGGCUGUGGGCUACUACCUAGCCUACCCACUUCUCAACAUGACUUAGUGGGCCAGAGAUGUGCAGUGCGGAGGGCUGGAGAGAGCUGGGGCCUCUGUUCCAGACACUGUACUUCAGCUGCUUUUCCUUAUGGUGGCCACUGCUCACCUCUUUCCCAGUUCCUGGAGACUUUGAGAUGAAACCAGCAAAUGGUCCCUGGAGCUUAGAAGCCAUUGAAGCUACCUCCCUCCCCAGCCUCUCUAGGGCCCAGGCUCCUGUGGUGCCUUAAGCAAGUAGCUGUGACCAAAGGAAACAUGGAGAGACCAGAAGCUGGAGGUAGGGUGGCCAGCCUGUGACACAGAUCUCUGACUGCAAAUUAAAGUUUUCCAAAGAGCUUCAGUGGUCAAGGCCAUGGAACCUGGAUACUCUCUUCUGCUUUGUGCCUUAAUGUCAGGGUCAUCUCGUCUUUAGGGGACAGACCACGCCAGCUCCUUGUUCUCACCUUUUUGCCUUGGAACACAUGAGGAUUGUCAUUGACAAAACAAGCUUUUCAUUUUCAACUCCUGGUUGGCAGUUUUGCACAUUCAUACAAAACAAAAUUUCUAAUGAACUCAUUGUAUUCAGGAUGGAUGGCAGUGUCUGUUGGGACUUGUCUCCCCUUCUCGAGGGAAGACUGAUGCUGAUUAAAGGCAGAGAGCCAGAACUGUUACUGAGGCUGUGGGCUUGUCCUGUGUACAGAUGAGCUCUUCCUGUCUGACAGCACUGCCUGCAGCAGGUUAGUGGUCAGAGCCUUGCCUGAGCCUCUUGUGUGCACCACAGAGGACAGCAUCUGAUAACAGCGCUGACUGCCCCUUAUAUUUUCUUACUGCUAACUCCUAAUGAUCUGGUAGGAAAUGUGAGUCAGUCACUUUAGUACUGACUCAGCAGGGGUGUGCUGGGGCUGGGUACUGACUGAGGGUGCAAUAGCAGUCAAACCAAAGCUAGGCCAUUGUAAGAGUUUGGUGGACUCUAGAUAUUUGAGCCUUUUCACUUUACACAGAAAAGUUAAGACAGGAAUGGGGACAUAUACCUGUAAUCCUCAGUAUAUGGGAGGCUGAGGCAGGAGAUUGCGACUUUGAGGCCAGCCUGAGCUACACAGAGAGUUGCAGGCCAGCCUGAGAUACACAGUAAAACACACACACACACACACACACACACGACAAUCACUGCUACAUACUUUAUAAUGUCUGUGUUCAAGUACCUCAUGGGCCCAUUGAAAAGAUGGUUUUAAGAAGUUUGGGGAAUUAAAAACAAAUACACUUUAAUAAAUUUCUAUUUUUGAACAGUC